UAGAAGCCUGGUAGUGAGCUAAUCAUUUCAUUCAGGUGUGUUGACCCAGGGUGUUAUCUAAAACCUGCAGGACUCCGGCCCUCGAGGCUUGGAGUUUGACACUACUGACUUAGUGGAUUCCUUUCUUCUCUCUGUCUGUGCAAUCUUUCUGGUAUCACAAGUGCUCUUUUUAUGUAACUAUACUUUUAGUCAUUAUGCAGUCUUGGAACUCAACUGUUUCCUAACUUGGCCUUUGGGGACCGUGGCCAGUGUUUUGGGGCUUCCGCUGUAGCCAAAUAUUUGCAUAACAGAUAUCGAGUUGAAGCCUUCCUGUUCCUUGUCCCGAUCAUUGUUUACCAAUGUAGAGAAACUGUAAAUAAUCUAAUCAGAAAGCUAAAUGACUGUGAGACAGUAGCUGAUAGUUUAGAGAUAGCAUUACAUCCAGAAUCGUACAGAUUCGUCUGUUUUCUUUUUUUCCUAAGCUUUAAUAAUUCUUUCUUGUUUGCUGUUGGUGCAUCAACACCAGUAAAGUGUGAACAGGUCAACUAAAGCUAAACCACUGCACAUUAAAUAUGCACUAAUAUAGGCUGAGCAUUAAUAUCAGCCUUGUUGACUAUACGAAUGAAAUGACUUUUGCCUUUGGCAGCAGCCAGUGUUUAUCUGAAGGUCACAUCAAUUUUGUGCUGGCUCUGUGUUCAGAAAUAGUCUACAAAAGAGCUGAAAGGCACAAAAGAAUUUACCACUGAGUAUAUCCCUGUUACAUGCAUUUUGCAGCGAAACUGAAGGUUUCCUUGUCCUUUCUGCCCAGAAUUUUUUAUCCUGUCAGAAAGCUUUUCUCCUCCUGAGCUUUUAUUGACUCCCACAGUUUCCCUUAACUGCCAUUUCUUAAUGACAAUUCAGACAGAGGAAAUUGCAUGUUGAACGCACUUUGAUAUCUUUUUUUAGCCUUCCGCUGCUCUGCAGACAUCAAUUAACUUCGUUUCACAUCUCCAUUCAGUUUUAGAGGAGUCCAUAGUUAUUGAGUGUUUAUCAAGUCUUGGAGCUGUCCACAGCUUUCCUAAUAACAAAUCUUUAUUAGGAAAUGAAUGGACGCUCUUAUGAGUGGAUGGACACCCACAAUGUCAUAAGUAGUAUUUUAUUUGGAGAAAAAAAACCCUAAUGAAGUAAACGGUGCAUUAAUGUUUUAAGAAAGCUAAUUUAGUGUUUGUUUGCUGCAGUAGUUUGAAGUAAUUAAGCAGUAAUUAUAUCUUAGUGAAAAAUCCAGUAAAAUAAAGCUCGCCCUGAAGUAUAUUUUUGAAUGAACUCCUGAAAAUGUCAGAAGAAUCAGGUUGGAACUAAACCAGACUGUGCAUGUGUGAAAACAGCUAAUGGUUUUACCAUAAUAAUAAACCCCACUAUAGAGCUUCAGAGCUAUGUUUUCAUUGAAUACACUAGGCAACAAAAAUCAACAUAAUUUCUCUAAACUUUUGAAAUAAUGUGAACAUAAACAAGUAAGUAGUACUUUAAGAGUGAUGUGUGACGGAGGCUGUCUUGUGAAGCAGCAGCAAAUGAUGAAUCAGGAGUUUGUGUUGUGAAAUUUGUUGUUGACUUGUGUUACAUGAUCAGCUGUAAGCUGUUUCAACUGGUCUAAACAGGGCAACUCUCAGGGAGCUCGUCCAUCUCUGAUGCCUGUGCAGUGAAACCUCCUUUCUGUGUCUCUUAUCUCUCCAACAUAAACAGAGUGAGGAUAAAUGUGAAAGCAGCAACUCCAUCCUUCCCUGAAAAAAUGUCCCCUGUUAAAGCUCUCACCAUGAAGGACUAUGAGAAUCAAAUCACAGCUCUGAAGAAAGAGAACUUUAACCUGAAGCUGCGCAUUUACUUCAUGGAGGAGCGCAUGCAGCAGAAAUGUGACGACUCCACUGAGGACAUAUUCAGAACGAAUAUUGAGCUGAAGGUGGAGUUGGAGUCGAUGAAGAGAGAGCUCGCAGAGAAACAAGAGUUACUCGUGUCUGCAUCUAAAGCGCUGGAGAGUCUGGCUGGCCGAGAAUCGGGAGAACCCCAGCGUGUGAAAGAGCAAGCUCAGAGGGAGAUGGAUGCACUCAGAGAUGCAUUUAGCAAGAGGAUAGCUGACCUAGAACAGUGUUUACGAACAGCAGAGGAAGAGGUUGAAAAGAUGGCCGCCAUCGCUGAGCAGGAGAAACUUAAGAAUAUAAACAUGGAGAAGCAGCUCCAAGCCUUGGGUCCACCCAGCACUUUAACCACUGGUCCAGUCCUCAGCCCCGUCAAAGAUCUGCAGCAGGCUCUGCAGGAGAAAGACAAUAUCAUUGAACAGCUGAAGAUCACUUUAAAGAACCAGGAUGCUGUGAUCCAUCAGAGAAACAGCAGAGACAGGCAGACAGAUGCUCCAUCGGCCGACACUGUUAAACAGCUAUCUGCUCUUAUAGCUGAUAAAGAUCAAGAGCUUAAGGCACUGAGGGACGAGCUUGAUAGAGAGAGAGAUAAAACUCAGCCGGACCAUCAGAAGAAGAGUGAUGUUAAUCAGUUGGAGUCGAUCAAUAAGCUGCUGACGGACGAGCUGAACCUGGUUAAAAGCACCAGUGAGAGUCUGGCAAAAACCCUGGAAGAUUCCCAGAAUCAGAACAAGACUCUGUCAGUGAUGUUAGAGGAGAAGGAGAAUGAACUAAACUCUGAGAAGAAAAAUGCUCUAAAGCGAGAUAAAACCAUCCAGGGACUCACUCAGGUCCUCAGAGAAAAGGAAAAAGAGAUUGCUGAGCUGUGUCAUGAGAUUGAGGACAGAGAUGAUGCUUUAGCCAAAGCUAGAGAUGCAGCACAUAAAGCCCAACUGCAGAAAUACCAGGGAGCAGAGGAACACCAAAACCUAUUAAUGGAAAAGCAAACAGAGCUGGCCCAAUUACAGGGGGAACACCACACCAAGGUGCUUGAAGCCCAAAAACUGCAGCGAGCACUGGAUAGGAAGGAGCAAGAGCUGGCUGACUUACAGCAGGCAAAGGAUCAGCUUGAGGUGGAGUUGGAGGACCUGCAACAACAGAAAAAGAAAGGAGACAAAGCGCUUAAUGAUUUACACAAUCAGCUGAAAAAGCUGAGUGGGGAGAUCGGGGAAAGGGAGAGUGCUCUGGAGCAGCAGUACCAAGAGCUGCUGGACCAAACCAAAACAAAGCUGCAGGCCCAUGAGGUCACCAUCCAGCGUCUCACAUCCACCUUGGCUGAUAAAGAGCAGCAGCUACAGGAAUACAUGAACAUGGUCAGAGACUUUGAGCAGAGCAAAAGUCCAGGAAGUAACGACAGUAUUCUCUCCAAACUGCGCCAAAGGUUGAAAGAAAAGGAGAAGGCUUUGGAGCAAGCACUUGAUGAGAAAUUUGCUGCUAUUGAAGAAAAAGACAAUGAGAUACACCACCUGCAGCUGUUACUAAGGGAAAAAGAAAGAGACCUAGAAAGACUCAACAACUUGCUGUCUCAUAAUGAAGAAACUAUCAAUAAUUUUGACAGUCUGAUUAAGGAGAAGGAUGCAGAGCUGCAGCAUCUUGCAAGUACCCUAAAGAACCUUCAAAGAGCCAAGCAAGAUGUGGAAGACAACCUGAACAGAUCACUGAGGGAGAAGGACUCCAUCAUUAGCCAGCUGCAGCUCUCCCUGGAGGGCAAGACAAAGGAUAUGGAGCAAAUGUCUGAAUCAUUGCUGAACCAGUCACAGAGCCAUGCGCGUGAUCUGGCUGAACAGAUGGGCCAAAGGUUAAAGGUCACAGAAGCCAUGCUGGCUGAAGCUGUCAAGGCCAGGGAAAGACUGGUUGCUGACAAUGAGAGUGCUGUAGAAAGCCUGUUUGCUACAAUUAGCAGCAAAGACCAACUUCUGAAGGAGUCUGCAGAGCACUACAAUCGCAUGUUGUCUGAGCGUGCUCAAGAGAUUCAGGAGCUGAAGAAGCAGCUGUCUGAUAGGCAGCAGGAGCUUGCCACUGCUGAGAAGCAAAGCUCCUCAACAGCCCAGGAGAGUUAUUUAGAGACCGCGCAGCUCAAAGCCCUGCUUGCUGAAAAAGACAGCCUUAUUAACAAGCUUCUUCAGCGUGGUCAGGAGAGAGACCAGUUUCUGGCAGAGAUGAGGCAGAAAGCAGAGCCAGAUCAAGUGUUGAAUCUCAGACAAACUAUUCAGAUCAUGCAAGAGAAGUUGGACGAGAGGGAAGCUGAGCUGUCCAGGAGAAACAGCGAAGACAGCCAGGAGAACAAUCCACUUUCCAAGAAAACAGUGGUCGUCCUGAAGAGGGAGCUGGCACAGAAAACUGAAGCACUGAACAAAGCACUGAAAAGGGAAAAUGAACUGAAGAUUUCAUUGGCUGAGCUUCAGUCAGCGCUAUCUGAGCUGAAGGGUCACAGUGAAGGUCAGGCUGCUAAUAUUGAGUCCCUCACUGCAACUCUAAAGACCAAGGAUGAGAUUAUCAGUGUUCUCCAGCAGCGCCUCAGUCAGAGAGGCCACACAUGGCCUGAUCAUACCCAGGAUCACGUCAUUGUCUGUGGAAUGGAGAGGUCCCUGCCUGUGCUUCCACAGAGGGAGAGUACCAUGAUCGGUGGAGACAGCCAGCAAGAAGCCUUGCCCAACCUCACAGCUUUGCAACAUGAGCACGAUGCUCUGAACAGAGCCCUGAGGGCUGAACAGCAGCUCUAUUCCAGCCUGGUAAAGACUGUGAAGGAGCAAGACAGUGCCCAGCGUCUCCAUGCUCUACAGUUGGAGCUGACAGCAGUGCAGCUUCUCAGGCAGCAGCUAGAAGAGAGCAUCAGAACUAAUGAGGAGUUAAGGGGUGACUUGGAGAGAGAGAUACACAGAGCCAAACUCAGAGAAGGUAUGGACCUGAUUGAUCCUAAAGAGCUAGAGAGCAUAAGACAUCAGCUUGAAGAUGCCCAGCGUUGGAAUGCAUCUCUGCAGGCACGCUUAGGAGCAAUUCAGAACCGUGGAGGAGGGGUUGGUGGAGCCAACGAUGGAGGCGACUCUUUGAGUUUCAUUGGAGAUCAGACUUCCUACAUGAGUAUCUGUGUAGGAGAGGGACUGGAUGACAGCUUGUCUCAUCUGUCUGCUCAGGAGCUUAAACAGAAGGUGCUUGAGCUGCAAGACCAUGUCAGCAGGCUGCAGACCUUAAACAGUGAACGGCAGAGCCAACUUUCACAAAUUGAGAAGUCAGAGCGUGACACUGAUGACAAAGAAGACAAAGACCGCAAAAAGCAGCUGCAAAGAGACGAGCAGCUCAAGAAGACGCUUGAGAAGCAGCCUCUGGUUCAAAGUAACAAGACACAUCUCUCUGGUCAGGACAAAGAGAGCCAGACAUGCAGUAAACUAGGACAGAUGUUGUCGGAAAAGCUUUUGGGUGAUGUGAGCAUGGACAGCGGCCUCAGCCAGAGUAGAGAGCGUGCUCACUCUAGCAGCGACAUCUUGGACACUGGGGAGGAAUAUUCUAGGGAGAUGAACACAGAUUUAAUGGCACUUAAAUCCCUAUUAGCUGAUUGUGGGUCAACAUCUGUCUCGCACCUUAGAGCGGAAAUGCUCAGGCUCAGAUCAGAAAAUGAUGAGCUGCGGGGUCUCCUGAAGGAACAGAAAUCGUCUGAGUACAAAGAAAAAGAGAGCACCGAUGCCUCAGGGAACAGCAGUGAGGGACAGGCUGAGUUGAGGAAGAGUUUGGAAGCACUGGACACAGAAGAUGCAAAGGUCACCAAACUGUCAAAGAAGAAGGGAGGGAAGAAGUGGAAUGAGAUUUCAGACAGGGAGAGUCCCAUUACCAAUGUCAGCACUGCAGAUGACGAGGAGAGUCCAAGAACUAAUUGCCAGCCACACAGCAACAGUGAAAAACAGCAUUUUUCAAAACAUAGGUCUGGAGGCAGAUCUCGCCUUCCUGUGCCUGUGAGGCUGAGGGUGGAGUCUAACAGCAGCAGCAGGAAGCCUGGAAGCUCCGAGCAGCUCAAAACUGAUGGACUUCAGCACCUUGAUUCAGAUGAUGUCUACUGGUCUGACCAGCAUGUACACACAGACUCUGACACUCACACAUCACUCCAGCACAGCACUUCCCCUUCCGCCACCCUUGGAUACCCUAAUCGUAGCUGUAGUCCAGUGGGAUCCGACAAGGGCUCUGAAGCCAGAGCAUCACUGGAUCACACCCAAGAUGAUUCUGGACUAUAUACUCAGCUGGAACUUCUCCACCAGGAGUGCCAGGAGAAAGAAGCACUGAUCAACAAGCUGAGUGAGCAGCUUGCUGAUUGGGAAGAACUUCAUGCACAGCUCCGGGAGAAAGACAGACUGAACUCCCAGUACGUAGAGGCUUUACAGGCAGCAGAAUCUACCAUCGCUUAUCUGACUGCCUGCAGUCUGGACAGCCAGGGUGGAUUUGGUUCACACACAGGUUCUGGUUCUGUGGGUUCUGAUGCGUCUCUCCAUGGUAGAUGCGUUGAGCUGCAGAAAGCCUUGCAGCAGAAAGAGGAGUUCAACAACCAGCUCAUAGAGCUUCUGAAUUUGGCAGAGAAAGUCAUCAGCUCUGCAGAAAGCCAAGAAAAGAAUCCUGAAAUCAGCGAUCUUUGUCAAAGGAUUGAGGGAGCUUUGCAGCAGCUGCAUAGCUCUCCAAAGGAAGAAAGCACCAGAGGGGUGCUUCAAGGUACCGAGGACUCUCUGCGUGAGCUGCAGCGUCAUGCAGACUCUUUGCAAGAAGCACUUUGGGAGCAGAAUAGGCUCAAUGCAGAGCUGCAAGAAAAACUGAGGGCCACAAAUGCUACUGCACAACACGGAUACACCAGUGACAGAGUAGCAGCAGAGUCACUUAAAGAAAAUGAGGAAAAGGAACACCACAGUCCUGAUACUAGUUUAAAUCAAGAGGCGAUUGACGUUCUAAGGAACUGCUUUAGUGCAACAGAGUCCGCUGUUGCCUCUUUAGCAGCACACUGCACAAAUUCUGGCUCCGUGACUGCUGGCAGAUCCCAGAUCAGCUCUGACUUGCAGAUAAAUUUAGACAAACUUCAGAGAGCCCUCCAAGAGCGGGAGCAACUUGGAGAAACUGCCCCACCAAUCUCCGAACCCAGCAACAACCUGUCUACUGCUUCAACUGGAACAAAGGUACUAGAGCUUCAUCGCCAUCUCUGUCUUCUCUAUGAGGUCUUCAGUGAUUACUCUCAGAGGAUAUCUGAGCUCCAGGCUUCCCUGCAAGAAGAGAGGGGUCACAAAAUGGAGAGGGAAGCCCACAGGGCAGUGCAGGACGGCAAAGGGUUACCGCCAAGUGUUCAGGUUGAACUGGAAACACUGCACAAAGCACUGAGGGAGAAGAAGAAGGCAUGUAAAAGCCUGGAGGCGAAACUGGCCACUGCUCUUACCAGUACAUCCUCUCCUGAAAUGAUAAAGAAAGCUCCUGAGCAGGAUGACAAAGGCGUGCAGGUGGAUUUGCAGGACCUGGGUUACGAAACCAGUGGCAAGAGUGAGAACGAUAGGGAAGAGAGCAGUAGCACAGAUUUAGAGGUUGGGGUAAACCCUAGUUGCAGUGGCUCCAGUCUGCCUUCCCUGUUGAAACACGAACAGGCCAAUUUCUCCUCUACUGAAAAUCUGGACUCAACCUCCAGCACCCCAUACCCUACUUCCCCAGCUCUCAGCUCAGCCAAGGUGAGUCUGAAAGGUCUGCAGGUCUAUAGUGAGUAUGGUGUUUCUGAGGACCCACUGCAGCUUCAGGGACAAGUCAAAGAGCUCAAGGUCCAGCUGGAAAACCAGACAAAACUAAUCCUCCAAAUGCAGAGCCUUCUGCAUAGGAACUCCCUCUCCAGUGACUUGGUCAACAACACCUCAGACCCGUCUGUGAUCAAGGAUCAAGAGGGUGCACAGAAAGACGACCGUAGUCAAGAUGGCAGCCACAGAAGUGGGCAGCUAAGGGGGAAGAAGGCUGGGGAGAACCAGGCAAUUAAGGAUAAAAGCAGCCGGGUAAAUAUGGAGCUGGAAGGAGAGAGGAGGCUGAGCAGAAGCAUCAGUGAACAACUGCAGCCAUCCCGCAGCCGCUCCACAUCACCUGCUAGCCUGGACUCCCUUGUGAAGUCACAGGCCCGAGAGCUCUCGCAGCUGAGGCAGCAGAUCAAGGAGAGCCGCAGGCUGGGAGCCCUGCACCGGCGGCAGCUGGAAGAGCUGAACCAGGCCUUCAAAGAGCUGCUGCAGGCUGAAAAGGUCGACUGCUACAUGGGAGAGGUGGUUAAAGAGCAGCUGGACAAGAGCCUGAGCAUUCUGGACAGGCUGGAGGGACGGCUGGACAAAGGAGAGACUCAUCUGGAUAAUGAGGAUGUGCCAGCUCUUGAAUUGUCUCGCAGGUUGGCUAAAGAGCUGCAGGAGAAGAACCGUCUCAUCCAGAGCCUGCAGAGCCAGAUUAGACGCCAGAGUCUCAGCAGCCACCACAGCUCUCACUCUGAUCUGUCCCACUCAGACAGGACUUCUUCCUCCUGCCACAGCAGCCCAACCACACAAGGUGGCAAUCGAACCCACAGUCAACAAUUACACCCUGAUUGGACGGGUGCAACUGUGUCACAUAUAGGACGAGCUCAGGACGAAGGUGUGUCCGGUCACAGAGAUGCUGGCGGCAGACUGCAGGGCCUGCAUAGGGAGAACGGGCGGCUGCAGGAGCAGCUGAGGAGCAGCGAGGAGCUUAACGCCACCCUACGCAGCGAACUGGACCUGCAUCGCUCUAUCAUGGCCCAGACCACCUCCCAUCAUCAGGAGCAGGAACAAGGGCACGACCAGGAGGGCUCAGGGCCUCAAACAAAGGCACAGAAACAAGAUGGAGACACAAGUGCACAAAGGAAUGCUGGAGGACAGCCUCAUACGAUGAAUUCAGACCUGCUGGCAGAGCAUCUACAGGAGAUCAGAGCUUUGCGACAACGUCUGGAGGAAAGUAUUCGCACCAACGACCGUCUCAGGGAGCAGCUGGAGAGGAGACUAGCUGAAGUGGAAAAAGACCCAGCAGCCACCAACAUCUUCAUCCACGGCAACGAGGAGCAGGGUCAGCUGACUCAGGAGGUGCGAUUCCUCUGGGGACAAAACCAAACUCUGAAGGAACAGCUCAGCAUGGCAUCCAGAGACAAGCAGAAGGAGAAUGAGAAGCUCCGGGAGACCCUGGCCAGGCGGACGGCCAAACUGGAGCAGAGCAGGAGGGAGUGUGAAGCUCUGAGGCAGGAAAACAGCCAACUGCAGGAGCGACUGGAGCACAGCAGCCGGGAAAACUCCCAGCUGCAGGAUUCACUGCACCGCAGCAGGGAGGAGCUGCACAGGUUGCAGUGCGAGGUGAAGCUCCAGAGGCAGCAGCUGUCCGACUCCCAACAUCUCCUCCAGACGCUGCGGGUGGAGCUGCAAGUUUACGAAAAAAUAAAGAGCGAGUCUAACAAAUACAACGAAUCCAGCGAGGUGGCCCAGGAGCCAUCCACUCACGCUUCCUCCGGCUCAGUGGACCUGGCCGAGCUGCUGUCAGAGAUCAGACACUUGAGGCUUCAGCUGGAGAGGAGCAUCCAGACCAACACGGCUCUGCGGCAGAGACUGGAGGAGCAGCUGCUCAGAGGACCCGGCCGCUCUGAAACCAUCAACAUUAACUAUCUGCUGUCCUCUCCAGAUGAAGGGGGCAGGUCGCCGGGCCGAGAAGACACUGUCCAUCACUCGUUCCAGACUCACAGAGAACACACCAGCAUCCACCACGAUGUGAGAUAUCAAUCUCUCUCAGAGGUGGAUGGUGGCUCGGUCAGCAGCAGCUCUGGGGACAGCAUUUCCGGUGCUCCCUCUCGGCUGGUGCCGGGUCACCGGAUGUGGGCGAGCCGCAAUGGGCGCCACAUUUUGGGCUUGAUUGAAGACUACAACGCGCUCCGCAAGCAGAUCUCAGACGGCCGGAAGCUGUCACGCAGUAUGGACAUGCAACUGCAGGAGUGCCUGCACACGCUUCAACAGCAGGGCUGUGACAACAAGGUGAUUGAACAGCAGCAUCUGAAGAGUUUAUCCUGCAGCAUUAACACCAUGCACCAGGUGCUGGAGGAGGCUGGCCGACUGCUCAAACUGGUGUGGAGAGUAUCUUUGCCAGUUGGGAACAUAGCAAGAGACAGCUGCAACAACCAGCAGGAUGAGCUGCUGAGAAAUGAGAUAGCCCGACUGAAGAGCCGGCUGUCUCAGCAGGAGAGGAUGCUGAGCGGAGCCAUCAAGCGUCUCCGCACCACCAACCAGCUCAAAGAGGGAAUGGAGAGAGUCAUCAUCGAUCAGUUGUCUCUGACCCAUGGAGUGUUGAAGAAAGCCAGGGGGAAUUUAGAGACAAAUUACUGUACCCAGUUUGGCCUGAAAGGCCUGUCUGGAGGACCAGACGAAGGAAGUCCCAGUCAAUGGCCAGUAGUAGACACUACAGACCCUCAGCCUGAGCAGACGAAUGCCCCAGUCUCCAGGCAGACUUCAGAGAGGCACUCUGAAUCCUCGGAGGAUCCCAACAGCGACAACUCUUUGCAAUGCAGCUACUAAAGGUGCCAGCAAAGCACUGACGCAGCAGCUUCCCAGUCUGCAUCCUGCCUUUCCGUCCUGCUGUAAAACUGUCACCUUAACCUUAGAAAGCUAAGCUUUUCCUACCUUAUUGCACAUGCCCCGCCUUUACUUUGAUUUCUAUAAAAAGGUACUGAAGUUGUAAAAGUUCUUUAAAUGCAAGAGUAUGCCUCUGUAAAUAAUCUGUGCUAUUCAGAUAUUUUCCUUUUAUUCGUUUUAUAUGACGCAUAUGACAACAUGACUGUAUUUUAUUACUGACUUCCAGUUUUUACUUGUUGUCGUCACCUGUCAGUUUAUGCACAGGAUUGUUUAGAUCAACUGUGUUCUAGCAAGUAUGUGCAAAUGCAGUAAAAUAAACUGAAUGCUGAA